GGGCCCGGGCGCGGGGGUGGCGCUUCGGUUGCUGGGGCAGGGGCGGGCCGGGCAUCGCCAUCGCGGCCGUCAUCAUCCUUAUCACCGUCAUCGCCAUGAGUCAAGAUGAGAGGUAUGCUUUCAUUGCUGAAUGGUAUGACCCAAAUGCUUCACUCUUUCGGCGUUAUGAACUUCUGUAUUAUCCAAACGAUUCAUCAAUUGAAAUGUACGAUGUGAAGAACCGUCGCACGUUCCUGAGGCGCACCAAGUACGAGAGCUUGCACCUCGAGGAUCUCUAUGUGGGCAGCAAAGUCACUGUGUUCUCCCGGCACCUCACCAUAGUGGACUAUGGGAAUCUGUACACGUCUCGCAAGCUUGGGAGCCGCGAAGAGAGAACACUGGCUUUGAUUAAACCUGAUGGAAUGCGUAAGAUGGGACAAUUAUUUGAUAUCAUUAUUAAUGCUGGGUUGACAAUAACUAAGGCCAAAAUGAUGCUGCUUUCAAGAAAAGAAGCAGCUGAUUUCUACGCUGAUUAUCGAGCAAAACCUUUUUAUCAUGAGCUUCUCCAGUUAAUAAUGAGUGGCCCCAUCCUUGCUAUGGAGCUCUUAGGAGAUGAUGCAGUGAGUAAGUGGAGAGCAAUAGUGGGGCCAGCAAACCCUACAACGACUGAGAGUGAUACACUGGACAGCAUCUCAGAGAGCUUUGGACAUUGUGGCCUCAGAGAUGCAGCUCAUGGCCCAGAUUCAGUUGCUUCAGCUGCUAAAGAGCUGGAGUUGUUCUUUCCCUCCAGUGGAGGCCGUGGACCAGUCAGCAGUGCCAAAUUCACAAACUGUACUUGUUGCAUUAUUAAGCCUCAUGCUGUUAAUGAAGGGCUUUCUGGAAAGAUUAUAAAAGCCAUCCUCAAGGAAGGAUUUGAGAUCUCAGCUUUGCAGAUGUUCAACAUGGAGCGUCCAAAUGUGGAAGAAUUUUAUGAGAUUUACAAAGGCGUUGUCCCUGAAUACCUGGAGAUGGUUUCAGAGUUGUGUUCAGGCCCUUGCAUAGCAAUGGAGAUUAGACAAUUCGAUCCUUCAAAAGUGUUCAGAGACUUCUGUGGUCCUUCUGACCCUGUAUUAGCCCGUCACCUCCGACCUGGAACUCUGCGUGCUGUCUUUGGGAAGGACAAGAUUCAGAAUGCUGUUCACUGCACAGACCUGCCUGAAGAUGGACUUUUAGAGGUGCAGUACUUCUUCAAGAUUCUGGACAACUAACAGGCUCCAUCCUCACCCACUGCAACAGACAUGCACACAGAACUGUGUGUUCAUUCAUUUAUUUGUCCAAUGUUUCAACCUGACUGAAAUACAAGAUCAACAAGAGCACUGUACUCCUGGUUAUUAUUACAUGUUAGAACAUAGAGUUUUGCACUUUAGACAACAUUUAACACCAUUCUAUGGGGUACUGCAUUGCUUUUAUAAAGUUUAAAAUAAAGAUUUAUUUUCAAACA